AUGGCUAGCCUAAAUUUCUUUUCUAUCUUUAAGAACAAUCCACUAAACCCUGAGGAGUUCAGGAGGCAAGGGCACAUGAUGAUAGACUUCCUAGCUGAUUACUAUGUGAAUAUUGAGAAAUACCCUGUUCAAAGCCAAGUGGAACCAGGAUAUCUCCGGAAACGCUUGCCGGAGUCCACCCCAUAUAAUCCAGAGCCCAUCGAAACCAUCCUCCAAGACGUGCAGGAGCAUAUAAUUCCUGGUAUAACACAUUGGCAAAGCCCAAACUACUUCGCCUACUUCCCAUGUUCUAGUAGUAUUGCAGGGUUUCUAGGCGAGAUGCUUAGUGCCGGAUUCAAUGUGGUCGGAUUCAACUGGAUUUCAUCUCCAGCCGCGACUGAACUGGAGACAAUAGUCGUGGAUUGGCUUGGAGAGAUGCUCAAGCUGCCCAAGUCCUUCCUUUUCUCUGGCAAUGGCGGGGGUGUGCUACAAGGGACCACUUGUGAGGCCAUUUUGUGCACACUCGUCGCUGCGAGGGAUCAAAUGCUAUGCCGAAUCGGGAGAGACAGCGUGGGAAAGCUGGUGGUUUAUGGGUCCGACCAAACGCAUAGUGCACUCCAAAAAGCGGCACAAAUAGCUGGAAUCCACCCGAAUAAUUUUAGAGCCAUCAAAACCACAAAGUCAACAUCAUUUGCGCUCUCACCAGACUCACUACAAUCCGAAAUUUGCAAAGACAUUAAAGCAGGGUUGGUCCCAUUGUUUCUCUGCGCCACUGUGGGGACUACUUCCACAACUGCCGUUGAUCCACUGGGGUCGUUAUGCAACGUGGCAAAAGGUUAUGGCAUAUGGGUCCACGUGGAUGCUGCUUAUGCUGGAAAUGCAUGCAUUUGUCCGGAGUUCCGGCAUUUCAUGGAUGGUGUUGAGGGUGCGAACUCAUUUAGUCUCAAUGCACAUAAAUGGUUCUUAACCACUUUAGAUUGUUGCUGCCUCUGGGUAAAAGAUCCGAGUGCCUUGGUAAAAUCACUCUCAACCAACCCUGAGUUCUUGAGGAAUAAAGCCACCGAUUCAAAGCAAGUGGUGGAUUAUAAAGACUGGCAGAUAGCCCUAAGCCGAAGAUUCCGGGCCUUGAAACUCUGGUUUGUGCUCAGAAGCUAUGGCGUGGCUAACCUUAGGAACUUCAUUAGAAGUCAUGUUGAAAUGGCCAAGCUUUUUGAAGGGCUUGUAGCAAUGGACAAGAGGUUUGAAAUCGUGGCCCCUAGAUAUUUUGCUAUGGUUUGUUUUAGGGUGUCGCCAAUAGCAAUGGGUAAGCCAAAGGCAACGCACGAAAAUGGUAAUGUUGAUGAGAAGAAGAAGGUGGACGUAGAAGAAGAAAGUUCAAAUGAGGUUAACCAGAAGUUAUUGGAGUCGAUUAACAUGUCAGGCCGAGUUUACAUGACGCAUGCAAUGGUUGGGAAUUUGUACGUUAUACGGUUUGCCGUCGGCGCGACUCUUGUAGAGGAACGACACGUUAUCAUGGCUUGGAAAGUGGUGCAGGACCAUGCAACUGCCAUACUAAGCACCAACUAAAACUAAGCUUCUGUUAUCAUGCCGGACAACAUUUGACAGACCAUUGAAAGAAGGAAAUGAGUAGUGGGUUGUUUUGUUUUGUAGCUGCAUGUACGUGCUGCAUGUGUGGUUGAAUUAAUGUAUUUGCUAGUUCGGUGUUUUCGGAGUAUUGUAGCUGGCCUCCUUCUAUUCAGUUUUUUUUCUUUUUUUUCAGUUUUCAUUAUUAAGGGUGUAAAUGCGGUGGGAUAUUAACGG